AUGGAGUCUGAGGACCAUUGCCUCCAGGCCAUGCUCGUUGAGGUCACAUCCUCCCUGAGUGUCCCGGGUAAUCCCCGAGAGCAGAAGACCGCAGCUGAGGUCACCCUUGGAGGCCCAGCCGAGGAUGUCGACGAGGUCAAGGAGGAUGUCCAGGGAAAGGUGCCUGUUCUUUUAUGGGCUUUAAUCGUCCUGACGAUUGUAUCGUCAAUCUUCCUGUUUUCGAUGGAUAACACCAUCGUCGCUGAUAUCCAGUCGCCGAUUGUGAACAAGUUCGGCGAGGUCGGCAAACUAUCCUGGAUGGGUGUCGCCUUCGUUCUCUCAAGUGCAUCAACUAUGACGACCUGUGCCAAAAUUCUCUACAUCCUCGGCGUCGUUAUUUUUGAGGCUGGUUCUGCUCUCUGUGGCGCUGCACCCAACAUGAAUGCUUUGAUUGUCGGCCGUGCAAUCGCAGGUCUCGGGGGUUCAGGAUUGUACUUGGGUUGUCUCACCCUUAUCGAAGUGACUACUUCUGUUCGACAACGCCCAAUGUAUAUGGGCUUCACGGGUAUCACUUGGGGGCUUGGGACUGUUCUUGGGCCACUGAUCGGUGGAGCGUUCGCGGAGAACCGUCACACAACCUGGCGCUGGGCGUUCUACAUUAACCUCGUUAUUGGAGGCUUGUUCGCGCCAAUCUAUCUUUUUUUCCUUCCCAUGGCCGAUCCUCAGAAAGGCGUUGCCCUCAAGGACAAGCUCCGACAAGUGGAUUUUGUCGGCCUGGUCUUGAAUGCAGGCUUUCUUGUCUGCUUGACUAUGGCAACCAACCUAGGGAACAUUCUCUUCCCAUGGGGUUCCGCGAAGGAGAUCUCCCUCUGGGUUGUUGGCGGGAUUCUACUCGUGGUCUUUAUUGUACAACAGGCUACGGCUUUCACGACCACGAAGGCCAACCGCAUCUUCCCUGGUGACUUUUUGCGCAAGCCAAUCAUGUGGAUACUGUUCAUCGCCAUGGCCUGCGCGUCGACGGCAGUCUUCGUCCCCGUCUAUUACAUCCCUCUGUACUUCCAGUUCGUCUUGGGAGACUCACCUCUUACUGCUGCAGUGCGGCUCCUUCCAUUCGUCUUCUUGAGUGUAUUUUGUGGCCUCCUGAACGGCGGCACCAUGAGUCUUUUGGGAUACUACCAGCCUUGGUACCUAGUAGGCGGGAUGUUCACAGCAAUUGGAGGGGGAUUGAUGAGCACUAUCGAUGAACACUCCUCGCGCUCAAGCAUCUACGGCUACUCGGUAUUGAUUGGACUUGGCUCGGGACUCUUCAUCCAGGCCAGCUUUGCAGUUGCACAAGCCAAGGUCCCUCGUGCUCGAGCAUCGGAUGCUACAGCUUUCAUUGCUUUGGCACAGACCAUCGGAAUUGUGCUUUCCCUCGCGAUCUCGGGCUCGGUGUGGCAAAAUCAGUCAGUCGCGGCUCUGCAAGAGCUGCUGCCGCAGCUUCCUCGUGAGCAGUUGCGUGGUAUGCUCUCUGGUGCUAGUGAUAGUGCAAACUGGAGCCAUAUCCCCGAUAAAAUGCGCGCGAAGGUUAUCCACGCCAUUGUGCACGCGAUGUCUCACACUUAUUACCUGGUAGUCACGGCCGGGGUGGUGACUGUGGUUGCUGCUCUCCUCAUGAAGCCAGAGCGUAUUUUCAUGCAGCCCGGUGCAAUGGCUUAA